GAACUCCGGUUAACCGAGCGCUGUUUGCUGGGCGGCAGAUUUCGUGCGUUAUGAACGUAAUGGGGACGCCGUAGUUCUACUGUUAUUGUUAUUCAGAUGAUUUGAAGUUUUUUUUUGUGUGCGAGUCUGUGAUAGUUUAUUACUAACUGGUUGACAACGGUAGCAUUAAUGUCUGUCCGAUCAGAUCUGACCAAAAUUAAAAGAGGUUAAUAGUUACGUGACUUGUAGUGAAGAUAUGAAGCGAUUCAGAACAGCAUCAACGAAACGAACCUAGAAUGGAAUCAUUUAUGGAUAACUUCAGGGAGAGGAGUGAAGUGGAACGGGAGUGGCUGCAGGAGCUAUUCGUGUUCGUGAGGGACAAUCUGUUCCCGGUUCUCGGUCCAACCACCGGUAGUGUUUCCCCGGAAGAGCUCUCGCUAGCCAUGACACGGAGAGUGGAACGGGCGGUGGGCUCCUCGUCUGCCCGGUCUCUGCCGCUCAGUUACAGGCUCAUAUCCGUAGCUGAGCUGGUUACCUGGCAACGCACACCCUGCUGUAGCAACCUGACCUGGAGCACCGCUCAGCACAGAGAAUGGGUCCGGGAGGCAGAGCAGGCUCUGCCCAAUCACAAGGCUUUGCCGCGUGCCAACCUGUUGCUGAUAGGCUGUCUCAGUGAUGGGUGUGACCCAGAGAGGUCAUGUGACGGAGCGUGGCGUGUGAGGGACGCCACUGGGACCGUACACUGUGAGCUACUGAGCCCCUCCCCUCUCUGGCUGGGCCUGCCCGUUCUCUUCCCCUGCUGGAAUUACAUCCCCCAGCCUGCACUGGGGAAGGACCAGGAAGUGGAGGAGAGGGGCUACCUGGAGCUGGUUGGCUGUCCCCUACCCCUGACCUCUGACCCUGAGAUGACCUUUAACCCUGCAGGGGUCAACCUGAAGAGGGCUGUCGGGGUCAGAGAAGCUGCAGGACUCAUACAGCACAGGGUGCGAGGCCUUCGUGUGAAGGUGUAUGGGGAGGUUUCUGGAGUCUACCCUCUACUGAACAUCGCAGGGAAGUCCCUCUUCUGUCUCCGUCUGAGAGAGGGACGACACACUCUACCAUUACUGGUCACGGAGCCGUGCUGUCUGUGGUGGCAGCAAUGUGUGUGUGUGGGAGGUAGUGUGUGUGUGUCGGGGCUGCGUGUGUGUGCACUGCAGGGCUGGUCUGGGAACAGGGUUCUGUGUGCAACGAGUCAGUCUUCUCUGACUUUGCUUCCUGACACACUGAUCCAGGACCUGUCUGAUCCACCCACAUUGGACAAGCACACCCCAGACCCAGACCCUGUGGGGUUAGAUCCACCGCUGUCUGACUGCAGUAGUACUGGGGGUCCUCUCCCAGAGAGACGGGGCGCUGGACCAGACCCAGACCCUGUGGGGUUAGAUCCACCGCUGUCUGACUGCAGUAGUACUGGGGGUCCUCUCCCAGAGAGACGGGGCGCUGGACCAGACCCAGACCCUGUGGGGUUAGAUCCACCGCUGUCUGACUGCAGUAGUACUGGGGGUCCUCUCCCAGAGAGACGGGGCGCUGGACCAGACCCAGACCCUGUGGGGUUAGAUCCACCGCUGUCUGACUGCAGUAGUACUGGGGGUCCUCUCCCAGAGAGACGGGGCGCUGGACCAGACCCAGACCCUGUGGGGUUAGAUCCACCGCUGUCUGACUGCAGUAGUACUGGGGGUCCUCUCCCAGAGAGACGGGGCGCUGGACCAGACCCUGUGGGGUUAGAUCCACCGCUGUCUGACUGCAGUAGUACUGGGGGUCCUCUCCCAGAGAGACGGGGCGCUGGACCAGACCCAGACCCUGUGGGGUUAGAUCCACCGCUGUCUGACUGCAGUAGUACUGGGGGUCCUCUCCCAGAGAGACGGGGCGCUGGACCAGACCCAGACCCCUCUCCCAUCCUCAGGCCCAAACUCUCCAAGGCCAUCAGCUACAAGGGUGUGCUGACCAGUGUCCUGAGUGCGGCAGCGGGGCUCUAUGUGAUUGACGGGAAGGUGGGCCUGUGUUUGGCCUAUCAGCCACUGCAGAGGCGUGGCCUGCGUCCGGGGGCGGAGAUAGAACUUCAUGAUGUCCAUUUCCUGUACCGCCCCUCUCCCCACUUCCAUCCCUGCAUGCUCUGUGUGUGUCUACACUCCAGUCUGCGUGUCACUUCCUUCAGCCGCCUGGGGUCAGAGGUCGACCGCCCUAGCGACGCCCCGCUGCUGUGGCUACUGCUGGAGAGGAAUCUGGGCGUGUCUCAGUACCUGUGGCUCUGUCACUGCUGCAGAGCUCUAAGAGACAGACUGGUCCCUCGCUGGGUGAAAGAGGAGUGUGUGUAUGUGGUGGCUAGGAGGCUGUUUGAGUGUGUGGUAACGUCAGAGAAGGGAGGAGGGAGGAGAGACAUCUACAGAGAGAUGCUACAGGAGCCACACCACUGUCCCCUCACUGAGUACUCUGUGAGUUCUCCAGUGUGUGAGUACGUGUCGGUGUCAGACUGUGUGUGUGUGAUGGAGAAAGAGUGCUGGUCGUCUCUGUCUCUCUCCUCUCUCCUCCCAGCCUGUGGUAGUUCCCUGACUCAGGCUGAGCUGAACCCAUCUAUAGCCUGGUCCGUAGGCCUCUCUCUGGGGCAGGACAGUCAGCCCCGACCCCUACUGCUGGUCGGAGUGUUGGAGCUCCCUGGAACACACACACUCCGCCUGAGAGACCAGACCGGCGCCGUGACCUGUGUUGCCGUGGAGACUGGCGAUGAUGACUCGGGUGGUCAGAGAGCUGCCAGCAACACUGCUUGGAUAGGUUGCUUGGUGUGUGUGCAGAGGUUCACCAUGGUGAUGGAGAGAUUCCUCCAAUCAGAGUUCCCUUCAUACAGACACCUGGACCAGGACAGUUACAUCACACACAGACACUGCAGGGUGUACAUCCAGCUGUGUCUGAACGACCUCCAGAUUCUCAGCCCCUCUGCUGCCAUGGCAUCACUCCUCCUCAGAACGACACAGGGAGGAGAGAGGGUGGAGAGGAGAGAGGGAGAGGUGGGAGAGAGGGAGGAGAUGAGUGAGACAGAGAGAGAGAGGGAGGAGAGGAGAGAGAAAGGGGGAAGGAGAGAGAAAGGGGGAGAAGAGAGGGAGGAGAGGAGAGAUGACGUUUCUGAGAGGAAGAAGAGGAGCAGAGAAGAAGAGAGGAUAGAGGAAAAGAAAGAGGAGAGAGAGGGAGGGGCCAAGAGAGCACGACAAAACCACACAGAGAACGAGACCUGCUCCCAACCAGGAGGAGGAGCCUUAUUGCCAGGCGACCGGCCCUGUAUCUCCGUGGUGAUGUGUGUGGAAGGAAAGGAGGGCGUGGCCUGGCGGAACGAGGGGAUUGCCUGUGAGGGAGAAGAGGCUGGGUUAUCUCUGUGUUUCUCUGUGAGGGCUGAUCUCAUUGGUCAAAUUCAGCGGUGGGGGCGGGACCCCAGGAACUGUCCAUUACAGGAGAGAGAGACAGACGGACAGACCAGAACGGUAGAGCUGUUGUUUGUGAGGUCAUCAGUACGCUGGUUUCCUCUGAUCCAGGCUGGAUCUUUCUACAGACUCAUCGCUCCUAACACCCAGGAUCAUAGUGUUCUGAUUGGCUGUCGUGUUGCUGGGAGGAGUGGUGUAGUGCUCCAUACGAACCCCUCCCUCCUUGUGCGCUCUGAUUGGAGGAUCCACACCCUGACCCACCCACUCCUGACCACGCCCUACUCCCAGAUUGUUUCUCAGAAGGUCAUGUCUGUGGCUGAGGUCCUGGACUGCAGCAGUGGGGUGGAUCUGGUGUCGUUCCAUGGAGUCAUAUCUCAGAGGAUCACCCUACAGAGAGGAACGACCACACACACUCCUGCACAGAGAGGAACGACCACACACACUCCUGCACAGAGAGAUGUGGAAGCAGGACUGAGUGUGAGGUUGACGGUGUGUGUGGAGCCCAGAGGGCGGAGCCUGCAGGUCUAUUUGGACCUAAGCCUCACCCCCUACCCUCCCGGCCUGGUACCCGGAAACACCGUCCAGUUUACCAGCUUCCAACGCAGGCUGUCACGGGUGGGAGGGGUGUAUUGUCGUUCUGUCCCAGUCAGCUGUUUGACCAUCAUGGCCCUGGGAAAGACUGACACCCAGUCAUGUGACUCUCCUCCUCCCAUGAUCCUCUUGGGUGUGUGGGCAUUGGCAGGGGCAGAGCAGUGCAUUUUGGGCCGGGUCAGAGGUCAUGUGGUGUGUGUUCUCUACCUGCAGCUGCAGUGGACUUGUUCUCUGUGUGGCAGUAUAUACGCACAGGAGAGGUGUACUCGGUCUCAGCCUCCCUGUAAUUCUACCUCUGCUGUGUUUCAGGCCGAAGCCAAGGCAGCUGUAGAGGAUGGCAGUGGAGAGGCCCAUAUUUGGUUCUCCUGUCCAGUAAUUUCCGGUUUACUGGGGUUAGCCAUGCCCCAGUGGGAAGGGCUUCAGAGGUCACUGAGGGUCAGAGGUCACCUCAGGGUCUACACACGGGGGCGGAGCCUGGUGUGUGAUGUGGACGCUGACGACCCUCUCCUCCAGUACCUGUCCUGUGUGUGUAGCAGCAGCACCGUGUGUCGCCCCCUAACUCUCAUCUGCACACUACACACACGUUCACACACACCUGCUGCACGCAGAGAGGACUCUGCCCAGCUGAAGAGGUUUACCCGAGGAGACAGAGAGUUUGUGACUCGGAUGCCCCCCCCUCUCCAACUCACCUGUACACACAUCCUGGAGGAGAGAGAGCGGGACUGAGAGAGCAAUAGGGAGACUGAGAGAGUGAUAGGGAGUCUGAGAGAGCGAUAGGGAGACUGAGAGAGCGAUAGGGAGACUGAGAGAGCGAUAGGGAGACUGA